AUGACAAGAUUGUUAUUAUUGACUUCAUUGAUUCUCCUUUUAAUGCCUAACAUCCACACUUACGUUAAUCAAUGCUCAACAGACAACGAUUGCCCUUAUGAAAAAUCAUGUAAUGCACAAAUCUGCAGUGACCCAUGCAUUGGAAGUUGUGGCUAUAAUACAACAUGCAUACCAAUGAGCCAUAGUGCUUACUGCUCGUGCAAACCUGGUUUUACUGGUGAUCCAUUUGAUAUUUGUUACGAGGAUUAUGAUCAAGAUCCAUAUGAUGAAUAUCUUUGUGGACCGUACUCAAAGUUUGUGAAUGUAACAAAUGUUGAUGAUUCUUAUUGCUUGUGCCUGUCAACAUUUAGAGGUAGACCUCCAAAUUGUACUUUUAUUGAUUGUUAUACUGAUGAUGAUUGCUAUUGGAAUGAAAAUUGUGAUUUUAAUGAAUGUGUAGAUCCUUGUGAUCCAAAUCCAUGUGGAUUGAACUCUGAAUGUAGAAGUGAAGGUCACCAAAGGGCCAGAUGCUCAUGUGAUUUUGGAUAUUUUCCAGAAGCUGAUUUUGGAUGUCGAUUAGAGAAGCCUGAAGAUAAAUUAGUGUCCGUUGAAAGGAUAGAAGCAAAACUUAAUGGACUCUGUGGAUCAAUUUGCGGGAUUAAUGCUUACUGUAAUAUAAAUGGAUUUUGUGUUUGUACUGAUGGAUAUUUAGGAGAUCCAAGAGUCAAAUGUGAUUUAAAUCAGAUUAAAUUAUCAGAGCGAGAAUGCACACCAAAUCCAUGCGGACCAUACUCAACUUGUUCUUAUUUUAAUAGCACUCUCAACUGUUCGUGCCUUCCCGGCUAUAUUUCAACUCCACCAAAAUGUACCAGAUGUAAAAAUGACAAAAAUUGUCCAAAAAACCACAUUUGCAUAGCAGGAGAAUGUACAGAAAAUCCAUGUCUUCCUUAUUGUGGAUACCAAGCAAGUUGUAAAAUUUAUGAUGGAAAGAUUGAAUGCUAUUGCGAGGAAAUCAACAAAUACAAUCCAUUUAUGGAAUGUCCACGUCUUGUUGAUACUGAUCACAUCUGCGCAAAUGCUAAUCGUCCAGAAUGUGGAGUAAGUUUGGCACAGAUUUUCAAGCAUUACUUCUUUAAUGGAUUGGAUUAUGAUGAUGAUGAAAAGCAUAGAAUUGGAAUUGAGGAAUGA